AGUCCUCGGCAGAGAGGUUUGACUAACAGUGAAAAGGGAUCAGAAAAGUUUUACAGCUGGCGACGCUCCUCAGCCACUGGAGUAGCGACCUGUGAACUGGUGGCAGCGCUGAUCGGACACAGAGAGAGAGAGAGUGAGAGAGAGAGAGGAGAGGGAGAGAGAGAGGGAGAGGGAGAGAGAGAGAGAGAGAGGGAGGAGAGCCACGACUUUCAGGUUGCAAAGGUGCCUUCAGCUGCAGACAUUACUUCUGGCUUAUAGCAAAUCACAAUGGCUGACCGUUUUGACUGUGACAACUGCAAAGAGUCCCUGUACGGCCGCAAGUACAUCCAGUCAGACGACAACCCCUACUGCAUCCCGUGCUACGACAGCCUGUUCUCUAACACAUGUGAUGAGUGCAAGGAGCUGAUUGCCCAUGACGCCAGGGAGCUGUUCUACGAGGACCGGCAUUACCACGAGCACUGCUUCCGCUGUUUCCGCUGCGACCGCUCCUUGGCAGAUGAGCCCUUCACCAGCCAGGACGAUGCCCUGCUCUGUAAUGACUGCUACUGUAAUGAGUUCUCCUCCAAGUGCGUGGCCUGCGACAAGAUCGUCAUGCCAGGUACUAGAAAGCUGGAGUACGGUGGGUCCACGUGGCACGAGGGCUGUUUCAUCUGCCACAGCUGUGAGCAGCCAAUCGGCUCCAAGUCCUUCAUCCCUGACAAGGACGAACACUACUGUGUGCCCUGCUACGAGGACAAGUUCGCUCCGCGCUGCACGCGCUGUAAAAAGACCCUGGCUAAAGGUGGUGUGACCUAUCGGGACGAGCCGUGGCAUAAGGAGUGUUUUGUGUGCACUGGCUGUAAGAUGCAGCUCGCUGGGCAGCACUUCACCUCCCGAGACGACAGCCCCUACUGCCUCAAGUGCUUUGGCAGCAUCUACGCCAAGAAGUGUGCGGCCUGUGCCAAGCCCAUCACAGGUUUUGGAGGAGGGAAGUACAUCUCAUUCGAGGAUCGCCAGUGGCACCAGUCAUGCUUCACCUGCACCCAGUGCUCUGUUUCCCUGGUGGGCGCCGGCUUCUUUCCUGACGGCGACAGGAUCCUGUGCCGUGACUGCAACAGCAAUCUAUAGAGCAGCCAUUUAAAUCCCCCCCUUGCUCCUUUCACCUUUCCUCGCUGCAUACACAGGACCCCCAGUCAUUACCCAGGAUGGUAAAUCAGGCCAACACAUGCUGCCUCUCAGGUCAUUCUUACACAGAUGUACAGAGAACACAAUCACACGUAGACCCACGCAUCACAUGUCCAUUCCUCAUGUUCAUCCCUGAAAUAGUGUGCAAAAUCCUAGGCUGAUGCUUUACUGUUCGGGUCAACCGCUACAAAUAUUUCUUUUGCAGCCAAAAAGAUGGCGAUUAUGUGAAUCAAAGUUGAUGGAGUGCCUUAAGAAUAUUAUAACAUACUAUACAUGUUAUGUACUAUUAAACCAAAGAAAAGCAAUAUGACAGCCACUAUGCAAACAUUUCCCUGGUAUUUUAUGUGGGUGACUCGUCACCUAAAAUAGAGAUGAGGCUCUGAAAAGCAGACACAGGACACUGAUACAUAUAUGUAAUGCUUUAUGUCUGUAUUUUCAAAGUGAGGUUGAGCUACUGUUGUAAUGCUCCUUUAACUGCAGUUUUAUGCAUAUUUUGAAUGUUGCCUUUCCUCAAGUGUCAAUUAUCUUUCCAUAUUAUACCUGUCCUGCUUUACACCUCUUGAUCAACUUAUAUUAUUAAACAGAAGGGGUUGGUAACAUUGCUGCAAAAAGUUUUAUAUAAUUAGACUAAUUGUUAUUAAUUUGCAUUGUGUCCAAAUAGAAAGU